AUGACGGCAUCUUCUGAGCCGGUUGCUAACUCUGUUGCUGAAGCGGCCGUUAAACAAAACGGCACUUCAGCGGGGAGACAUGAGGAAUACCAAUAUCUAGACCUCGUUCGCGAAAUUCUGGACGAUGGAGAGCACCGCCCAGACAGGACCGGCACAGGCACAUACUCAAUCUUUGCCCCGCGGCCGUUAAAAUUCAGCCUCAACAGGGACGGCAGGCCCAUCUACCCGCUCCUCACCACCAAGCGCGUCUUCCAGAAGGCCGUCCUCGCGGAGCUGCUGUGGUUUAUCGCGGGCGAGACGUCGUCGCUGUCCCUGUCGGAGCAGGGCGUCAAGAUCUGGGACGGCAACGGCUCGCGCGAGUACCUCGACAGCGUGGGGCUGGGCCACCGCGAGGCCGGCGACCUGGGCCCCGUGUACGGGUUCCAGUGGCGGCACUUUGGCGCCGAGUACGUCGACGCCAGGGCCGACUACACGGGCCAGGGCGUCGACCAGCUGGCCGAGGUGAUCCACAAGCUCAGGAACAACCCCUACGACCGGCGCAUCAUCAUGAGCGCGUGGAACCCGGCCGACCUGAAAAAGAUGGCACUGCCGCCGUGCCACAUGUUUGCGCAGUUUUACGUCUCCUACCCCAGGCCGAACAAGUCCGCGGCGGCGGCGGUGCAGGGCGGCAGUGGCGAGGAGCAGCAGCAGCAGGCAGGGGCCGCAAAGCCCAAGGGCCACCUCCACUGCCAGCUGUACCAGCGGUCCUGCGACAUGGGCCUGGGCGUCCCCUUCAACAUCGCCAGCUACUCGCUGCUGACGCACAUGAUCGCGCACGUGUGCGACCUCGUCCCCGGCAGCCUCACGCACGUCAUGGGCGACGCGCACGUCUACGCCGACCACGUCGACGCGCUGAGGGUGCAGCUGGAGAGGGAGCCGCGCGACUUCCCCGAGCUGGAGAUCAAGAGGGAGAAGGGCGGCAGCAUCGACGGCUGGAAGGUCGAGGACUUUGAGGUCAAGGGGUAUGACCCGCACAAGACUAUUGCGAUGAAGAUGUCGGUAUGA